CGCCAGCAGAGGGCACUGCUGCCCACUGUUCCGCGUUCGCCCCUCCUCGGCCGUGAACUGCCUUCGUCCCGCUUCGCGGGCCCCCGCGGGUCAGUGUCCUGGGACUUCUGCCCCUGAUCACGAGCCUGGGCCGGGACCUUUACGUGAAGAGGGGUCUCCUGUUACAGGCCUGUCUGUGCCGUGUGCCAUGGUGGCUCUGUGGACCCUCACUCUGGCCUUGGCCGCUGGCCUGGCUGCUACCAGCCCACCUAACAUUGUGCUGAUCUUUGCUGAUGACCUGGGCUAUGGGGACCUGGGCUCCUAUGGACACCCCAGUUCCACCACCCCCAAUCUGGACCAGCUGGCCGCAGGGGGUCUGCGGUUCACGGACUUCUACGUGCCUGUGUCUCUGUGCACACCCUCCCGGGCUGCCCUCCUGACCGGCCGACUCCCAGUUCGGAUGGGCCUGUACCCUGGCGUUCUGGAGCCCAGCUCCCGAGGGGGCCUGCCCCUGGAGGAGGUGACCCUGGCUGAGGUCCUGGCUGCCCGAGGCUACCUCACAGGGAUAGCUGGCAAAUGGCACCUUGGGGUGGGGCCUGAGGGGGCCUUUCUGCCCCCCCACCAUGGCUUCCAUCGGUUCCUGGGCAUCCCAUACUCCCAUGACCAGGGCCCUUGCCAGAACCUGACCUGCUUCCCGCCGGCCACCCCCUGCGAUGGCGGCUGUGACCAGGGCCUGGUCCCUGUCCCUCUGUUGGCCAACCUAUCGGUGGAGGCACAGCCCCCUUGGCUUCCUGGACUUGAGGCCCGCUACGUGGCCUUCGCCCGUGACCUCAUGGCUGAUGCCCAGCGCCAGGGCCGCCCGUUCUUCCUGUACUACGCCUCCCACCACACCCACUAUCCCCAGUUCAGUGGGCAGAGCUUUUCGGGGCGCUCCAGCCGAGGGCCGUUUGGGGACUCCCUGAUGGAGCUGGAUGCGGCUGUGGGGGCCCUGAUGACGGCUGUGGGGGACCUGGGGCUGCUCGGAGAGACACUGGUCUUCUUCACUGCAGACAACGGACCUGAGACCAUGCGGAUGUCCCACGGCGGCUGCUCUGGCCUCCUGCGAUGCGGAAAGGGAACCACUUUCGAGGGGGGUGUCCGAGAGCCUGCCUUGGCCUUCUGGCCAGGCCACAUUGCUCCCGGUGUGACCCACGAGCUAGCCAGCUCCCUGGACCUGCUGCCCACCCUGGCAGCCCUGGCAGGGGCCCCACUGCCCAAUGUCACCCUGGAUGGCGUUGACCUCAGCCCCCUGCUGCUGGGCACAGGCAAGAGCCCCCGGCAGACCCUCUUCUUCUACUCGGCCUACCCAGACGAGGUCCGAGGGGUCUUUGCUGUGCGGAGCGGGAAGUACAAGGCACACUUCUUCACCCAGGAUGUGCCCCCCUCCCCAGGCUCUGUCCACAGCGACACCACUGCGGACCCUGCCUGCCAUGCCUCUAGUCCGCUGACUGCCCAUGAGCCCCCGCUGCUCUUUGACCUGUCUGAGGACCCUGGUGAGAACUACAACCUUCUGGGGGGUGUGGCUGAGGUCGCCCCAGAGGCGCUGCAGGCGCUGAAGCAACUUCAGCUGCUCAAGGCCCAGUUUGAUGCUGCCGUGACCUUCAGCCCCAGCCAGAUAGCCCGGGGCGAGGACCCUGCCCUGCAGGUCUGCUGUCAGCCCAGCUGCACCCCCAAGCCAUCCUGCUGCCACUGCCCUGAGCUCCAGCCCUGAGAGCAUAGGCGGAGGCCAGCCCCACGCCCCUCGCCCCACCCAGGCACGUGAUGGUCCAUUGCUGUGCUGUGGGUGUGUAGAGGUGGUUUGUACCUGAGAAUGCUAAUAACACCAGCUGACACUUGUAGGUGUGAUAAUUCACAUGAUCCUUGUGAUAGCCCUGAGAUAGGUGUUGUUCUGCCCGUUACAAAUGAGGAACCUGAGGCGUGGAGAGGUCCAGCAACUUGUCUGAGGUCACCCGGCCAGUGAGAGGUUGGCUCCGGAAGCUGCCCCCCUCCCCCUGGUGAUUGCUUGUGUCAGUGCAGACAAGCGUGGUGGUGAGUGUGGGCACACCUGUUCACAGGGGCAAUACUAGGUGCUUUUAUGUGCCAGGACGGGGUGAGGAGGGGGCGAGGGCAUGGCGGACAGCAGACCCCGAAGACGCAGAGUGCCCAUAAGAGCCAGGUUUUCCCCGGGGAAGAAGCACAGGAGCUGGACCGCCCUGGCUGUUAGAAACCUGUCUGGAGGAGGGUGAGGAGUUGCAGUCUACGUGGUGAAGUGGGCUGGGGAGCCCUGCCAGCUCUGAGGAAGGCACGUCAGCAGCUCCAGAGACUUCCCCUCGGCCCCCAGUGCCCCUUCCAAAACUCUGCGUUUCCUACCUGCACACACAUUUCCAGUCUCCUGGCUUCACCUCUGCCCCUAGGGGAGCCAUUCUCCACCGGGCAAAGUGAUCUCUUAAAAACAAGCAGGUUUGGCUCCAUUUGUGUUCAAAACCGCAGGCUUCCUAUCAUGCUCAGAAUAGAACCCAGACUCCUUGGAGUGGCCCACCAUGCCCCACCCCACAGCCCUCGUCCGUCAGCCCUGGCAGCUGGCCGGGUUGCCCAUCAUCAGGGCAAGAUGCUCAUCCUUGACUCUGUCUGGCACCUUCUCUGCAGAAGGGGCCCCCUGCCUGCCCACCCGCUGGCAUCUGCGUGGUGGCAUGUAGCCCUCCUGGGGUCCCCUUGUGUGUGUACCGAUUCAGGGCCACGUGCUCCUAGAGCGGCUGUCACACCCCACAUGCUCCCUCAGCGUUGGUUGAGUGAGAAGAGUGCAGUCUGGGUGCUCAGGACCCCGAGCGGGUGUCCUGUCCUCAUGGUAGACCAAACAGCCAUCCCCCUCCUACUAACGGUCCUCACUUUUUCACUGGUGGCCAGAGGCCCCGUGACCUCUGAGGUACAGGCUCUCCUAGUCCCAGGAGGUCGUAGCCAGUCUGAGCCAAUCACAAUCCAGUGAUUGGUCCAAGAGAGGCGUGUGACCAAGGGUCCUGGUCAGUGAAGCGUCAGGGGCAGUCUGCUGGAAUCCCCGGGUCUUCUGCACCACUCAUCCUCCAGGGGUGGUGAGGACGGUGCUGCAGCACCACUGGCCCUGACCAGACAUCGUGCAGCCACUAAACGAGUGUCUCCAGCCAUGUACCUCCAGAGCUCACAAUGUAAGAAAAUAAACCAGCCUAUUUAAGCCA